UGUGUUGUGCGGGAGAAAACAUGACCUCAUGAUGUCUAAGUUAAUUAUAAUAGUUGUUAGUCUCUUUGGACUAAUUAGUGUAUGUGUUGGACAAGUGGUGCAAGAAGGACAGUGUGAUGACAAUUUGGGGGUGUAUGAAAAUUUUGAUAUUUCACAGUUUUUAGGAGAAUGGUAUGAAAUAGCUCGAACAUCUAACCCGAACCAAGAUGGAGACUGUGCAGCAUAUGAAUUCACAAGUAAUAGUAAUCAUGCCAUCGAUGUGCAAUACACUUCAGUCAGAAGAAACUUCUUGGAAGAAGCUACCGGGUCAAUCACCCAAGAAGGCAACACUGCUAAACUUAAAAUGACAUUGUCGUCAUUCGAAGAACCUGUUGACUUUUGGGUCCUGGCUACACUGUAUGAGACGUACGCGGUCACAUAUUCUUGUGAAAACAUCUCGCCAACGCAAAGAAAGAUUCAUGUAUGGGUGCUGGGACGAGGUACACCUGUCAAUGCUAUAUUUAUAGGCGUAAUAUCAAACUUACUUGCAACUAAUUUCGGCAUUGAUUAUGUGGAUCUGACCCAUAUUGAUCAUAGCGCUGCUGCAUGCUACGUUUUACCGAUUAUUGAACCUGGUAAUCCUAUUAUUUUACCUGGACAAUGUGACGAGAGUCUACAUGUACUUUCAAACUUUAACGCUGAUGCAUUCUCAGGGUUGUGGCAUCAAAUAUCAAGCUACGAAACCUCAAAUACAGAUGGCACUUGUGUCAGGGCUGAAUACACGUUAAGCAGUGACGGGGUGAACAUCCUCAACAGUCAAGUUAUUAACCAGAGGCUAGUGACGAUUGAGGGGUCAGCAACAAUCAUCAGCACUGAUAACAGCGCAAAGCUACGAGUGGUUUUAAACACACCUGGAGCUCCUUCAACAACCCAAGACUUAUGGAUCCUAGCGAGUGAUUAUGACAACUAUGCAGUUUUAUACAGCUGCACAAAUACAAAUUCGUAUGAAAAGAGAAUUUUCAGUUGGAUUCUUGGCAGAUCUCGUCAAUUGGCACAGCAGCACCAAACAGCUGUCGAUGAAAUAGUUAAUUCUUAUAUAGAACUAAACUACCAGUAUUACAAACCAACAGACCAGUCUUUUGAUGGUUGUUUCUUCUACCCAGAAGCGAGCGAUCAGGCCGUAGUAUUCAGAGGCCAAUGUGAAGCAGUCAACGUCCAAGCUAUGAGCGAUUUUAGUGCUAUUGAUUACAUGGGCAAAUGGCACAGUAUCCGUUCGUAUCCGACAAGAUUCCAAGAUGGCACAUGCGUCAAUGCUUAUUACUCAUUAACAACUGAUGGUAUUAAUGUGUUGAAUUCACAAGUAAACAACUUAAGGCUUGAAACUAUGAGCGGAGUCGCAGUUUCUUCAUCUAAUGAUGGAUCUGCCAAACUUGUAGUCUCCUUUCCUGUUGCAGGAUCUGAUCAAACUACAUCUACUGAUUAUUGGGUCCUUGACACAGAUUACAAAAACUUUGCUUUAGUGUACAGCUGUCAAAAUAUUAAUGAUGACGAAAUGCAAGUGAACAGUUGGAUACUAAGCAGAACAAAAUUACCACCAGUAGAACAUGAACAGCGUAUUAAUGAAAAAAUUAAUUCAGUAAUAGUACUAGACGAGAAGUAUUAUAAAUUUGACAAACAGACAGAAGAUGAUUGUUUCUACUUCCCUGAUCCUGAACCUGGCGUUCCAGUCAUUUUUCCCGGACAAUGUGAUGAAACUGUUAAUGUAGUCCCUUCCUUUGACAUACAACAGUUCGAAGGUGAUUGGUACGAGAUCGAAUCAUAUCCUAACGCUCAGCAGAGUGGACACUGCAGAAACCACAAGAUUUCCGUUCUCGAUAACUCUCGCCUAAAUUUGGAAUUUUCUUCCAUUUCGAAUCAAUUUCUACAUGUAACUAGUGGAGUUGUAACUCAAGGUAAUAACAACGAUGGAAAAUUAUCUAUUGAAGUUACUAAUGCCAAUGGAGAAGUUACAAAUAUUCCUUUCUGGAUUCUGGGUGUACAAUAUGAUAAUUAUGCACUGGCAUAUUCUUGUGUCAACAUCAAUUCAGACUUCAGAUCUGUUAAAAGUUGGAAGCUCAGCAGAACGAGACAAUUAGCUCCAGAAGCUGAUACAGCGAUCAACACUAUAAUAAACAAUAAUCUUGUAUUGGGCAAUGAGUAUUUCGAGGAUAUUUACCAUUCUGAUGCAGCAUGCUUCUAUCUACCAGAAAUUGAAGCCGGUUUACCAAUAAUACUACCUGGGCAGUGCGACACUACAAUAAAAGGAAUUCUCGAUUUCAAAAUUAACGAGUUUGCUGGUCGGUGGCGUCUAAUUGAGAGCUAUGGUUCAGAAUUUCAACAUGGCACUUGUAAUGAAGCAGAAUACGUAUUGCAAGCUGAUAACAGUAUCAGCGUAAUUAACUCACAAGUUAUAAAUGAGAAUUUGGAAAGUAUUACAGGGACUGCUUCUGUUGCUAGCACAGAUGGAAGAGGCCAUUUGCGAAUAUCAUUCCCAAACAGAGAAGAAUACUUCGACUUCUACGUACUCGACGUAAAUUAUGAGUCGUAUGCUCUUGGUUACGGCUGUGUCAACUUACCGAAUAAUGAGAGGAGAAUUUACAGUUGGAAAUUGAGCCGUUAUAACACAUUGAGCCCAGAAGCAGUCACUAAAAUCAAUGCAGUAAUUGAUAGUGUUCAGGUUUUAAACAACGCUUACUAUUACACCAUUGACCGCGACGAUACAAGCUGUUUCUACUAUCCUAUUCCAAACCUUAACUCUUAUGUCAAGUUUCGAGGUCAAUGCGAUCAAAAUAUCCCAGUAGCCACAAAUUUCGAACUUGAAAAGUACUUGGGCGUUUGGUAUGAUAUCCAGUCGUACCCAGGAGACUUCCAAGAUGGUACAUGUAACACUGCAGAAUACUCACCCGGGAAUAACGGAAUCCAUGUUUAUAAUACUCAAGUGAUCGAUCAAAGUCUUGUCUCUAUUAGUGGUAAUGCUGUGCUAGAACCAAGUAAUGAUGGAAGUGCCAAACUUAAAGUUACCUUCAACGUCGCAGGCACAGAUGUUACCACAGAUUACUGGGUGCUUUCCACCAACUACGAAUCGUAUGCGUUGGUUUACUCUUGUACCAAUAUUGAUGAUUACUACAUGAGAGUUUCUUCUUGGAAACUGAGCAGAGAAAAGGUUUUAGAAGCUGCAGAUGAGACUGCUAUUAGCAACGCCAUGAACAACAUAAAAGUUUUGGACCAAAGAUAUUUCGUAACACGUAAGCUAGAUCCUGAAGACUGUUUCUACUUCCCUGAACCACAACCAGGAGUGCCAGUGGUGUUCCCAGGACAGUGCGACGAUAGUAUUGCAGCGGUACCGAACUUCGACAUAAACGAAUUCGCAGGUACAUGGCAUGAGAUCUCAGCGUAUCCAAGGGCUAGCCAGUCAGGGCAAUGCAUCAGCCAACAAUUCACCGUCACCAACGACAACACCAUGCAUCUAGAGUCAUUCAGUGUACUCGACCAAUUCCAAUCGAGCACAGAAGGUAUCGUCACAGUCGCUUCCACUGACGGUAGUGGACGAUUGAAUAUCAAUAUUCAAUCCAAUGCAGAGCCAAUACCUUUCUGGAUCCUAAGCGUAAAAUAUGAUGACUAUGCGUUGGCGUACAGUUGUGUCAACAUCGAUAGAAAUUACCGAAAAGUCCACAGCUGGAAGCUAAGCAGGUCCAGAGGAUUGUCAAGUACUGGUAAUGUAGCCAUCAAUGACGCCAUGACAAACAUCGACGUCAUAGACGAUAGAUACUUCGAGAACGUUGACCAAAAAGAUGAAGCUUGUUUCCAUCUUCCCGACAUAACACCCGGUGAAAAUAUUGUACUUCCUGGACAGUGCGACACAACUAUUAAAGGAAUACCUGAUUUUAGAAUUGCAGAUUAUGCCGGCCAGUGGCGCCUCAUUGAGAGCUACGGAUCCCAAUUCCAAAGUGGCACUUGCAACGUAGCUGAAUACAUAUUGCAAUCAAGCAACACUCUCGGCAUCACAAACUCACAAGUUGUCAACGAGGUUCUGACCACUAUUUCUGGGACUGCCACUAUUUCUAGUACAGAUGGAACCGGACAACUUACAUUUAAUAUGAGAAAUCGAAAGUAUGUUAUGUUGGUAUUGGCAACUGAUUACAAAUCAUACGCACUGACAUAUGGCUGUGAAAACAUAGACAAUGACCGAAGAAGAAUUACAAGCUGGAAAUUCAGUCGCUAUAAUACCUUGACCACGGAUGCAAUCAAUGCAAUAAACAAAGUAAUUGAAGAAAUCGAAGUAUUGCACCAGCCUUACUACUAUUCAGUAGACCGCAGACCUGAGGCUUGUUUCUAUUUCCCAGAAGUCAACCCAAACUCUAACGUCAUUUUCCGUGGUCAGUGUGACCAGACUAUCGAAACUGUUAAAGAUUUUGAUCUCAACAAGUAUAUGAAUUUAUGGUACGACGUCGAAUCUUAUCCAUCGGCAUUCCAAGACGGCACAUGCCCCAACGCACAUUACACUUUGACCGGCAACACUGUUUCUGUGCGCAAUAGUCACGUUGUUGACCAGACCUUAGUGACUAUCGAUGGAGUUGCUACACUAGCAUCUACAGAUGGAAGUGGAAAACUUAAAGUUACAUUCAAUGUACAAAAUACCGAAGUUACUACUACAGAUUACUGGGUGCUAUCCACCAACUACGAAUCAUAUGCGUUGGUCUACUCUUGUGCCAAUAUUGAUGAUGACUACAUGAGAGUUUCUUCUUGGAAACUGAGCAGAGAAAAGCUUUUAGAAGCUGCAGAUGAGACUGCUAUUAGCAACGCCAUGAACGACAUAAAAGUUUUGGACCAGAGAUAUUUCGUAAAACGUGACCAAGGCCCUGAUGGCUGUUUCUACUUCCCUGAACCACAACCAGGAGUGCCAGUGGUGUUCCCUGGACAGUGCGACGAUAGUAUUGCAGCGGUACCGAACUUCGACAUAAACGAAUUCGCAGGUACAUGGCAUGAAAUCUCAGCGUAUCCAAGGGCUAGCCAGUCUGGGCAAUGCAUCAGCCAACAAUUCACCGUCACCAACGACAACACCAUGCAUCUA